AAAUAAAACAAAAAUUAAACUUGAACAACAGAGACAAAAAGAGUUUUUUAAUCGUCAACGUUUAAAGAAAGUACAUAAAUUUCUCAAAUGUGAACCAAAACGUGCGCGUACCUUACCCAAUAUUGAAGUUGUUCGCCAAAAUGGUGAUAAUCAUCAAACAAAUUCUUUGACUGAAGAAAUCAAUCGUUCGAGUAACGAUGAUCAAAGAUUGUUAUCAUUAUCUGCUUUAAACCAUUCUAAAGAUUUAGCAGGAAUAUUAUGUGAAGACAAAAGUAAUAUACUUCAUGAAACUUAUUUAGAACCAGUAAAUUUGAAUCAUGAAAUAGUAAACAAUUCAACGACAGUUUCACAAAACAUGACAGACAUUUUAAAACGUAAACAGGAUCUUUUACAAGGAUUUGAUUGGAUUGGCGUUAAUGUUUCUUCGUCUAUUAAUACUACGAAUGAUGCAACUUUUUCAGCAAAUAGUAGAAGUCAAUCGUGGUUUAUUAACAGACAACGCUCCAAGGAACCAUCAACGCAUAAUCUUAAACACUUAGACUCGCUGUCUUUAAGUACCAAAUUGUCUAAAAAAAGGCAGGAAGAUGACAUUCAAGACAUUCAUGAAACAAUGACCACUGCCGAUAUUGCAACGAUGAUCGAUUCAAUGUUACCAUUGGAACAAACCAAUACUUCUGAAUCUUCAAUUAGCGAAGAGUCGUUGGAAUGGCAUCAUUUCUUAGCAAAUGAUGAAAGCAACUCAAAAAUCUGUAAAAUCUCCGAAUCAAGUGCGGAUAUAAAUUCGAAUAUAAUACCCAAAGCAAACCAAUCCCCUAUUUCUACAUCAAGAACAAUAGAAACUUCUGCAUUACAUUCAAUUGUAUCUCAAUCUAUCGAUUCAACAAAUAUUGCAUGGAACAAUUUUACACACUCUAACGACGUGAUAUCGAACGUUGACUUGGUCACCGAAGGUGACAACGAAAUAUUUAAUUCCUCAUUAGAAGCAAUUAAUAGUCCUAAAUUAAGUUCCAAGAAAGUAUUCGCGAAUAAAAAGUGCAAGAGAAGCAAGUUUGACGAAUUUGCUGAAGACUCUAUCAAUAAUGAAAGUAAUUUAGAAGACUCAGGUUAUGUAAAAGAUGAGAAAUUCAACUAUAAUCAGGAUGUUUUAAUUAGUCAAGUGAGUGAAUUUAUAAAUAUUGGGUCUUCAAAUUCCUUUGUUACUACUUUUGAGGGUUCAUUAAAGAAUGCUCGCCUUCAAUUGGAAAUAAGUUUUCUGAAACAUGAUAUGAAAUCUUUAAUGGAAAUUACAAAGAAUAGUGGUAAUUCAUCAAUGAAUCAAGACGAUUCUAUUGAAUUUUAUAAAACAUCUCAAACUAAAGAACAUACACCAAGUAUGUCACCGAACUUAGAGUGUCAACCAUCAGUCAACGAUAAAAAACACUUCAUGAACGAACUAUCUCAAGAUGGGAUCUCUAAAGAUUCAACAAACAUGCCUUUUGCUUUAGUUGAUACCUCUAGUACUGAUCACGUGAAUAUAUGCCAAUCAUCGAUUCCUAUCAAUAACGAUACAUCACCUGCCGAAUCACCGACUCUACGAUAUUCGACCAAUUUUAACAGUUGGGAGACCUCACAUCCAGACAUGUACCUUUUUGAUGCACUAGAUGAUGAUGAUGAUCGAAAAAAAGGCCACUGUUAUCCGAAAAUAUUUAUCGCAGCAGAAUAUUUUCAAGAAGUUUUAGAAGGACAAGAAAUACCUGCUGGGCUUCAUGUGAAAAUUGAUUUAACCACUGGAAAAAAACAUGCAAAACUCUUAGAUAACAAUAAUCAUGAAUCAUCGGAAAUUAUCAUAGUUGAUAAAGAUGGCUCAGUUCACUCAGAUCUUGUCCAAACUGAACCAUCAGAAGUUGAUAAUAAUCAGGAUUCACAAAUUUUUAUACAUCAUGAAGACUCUCUAGAAACUAAUAAUUCAUUACCGAUUAUUCCGUCUGGACAUAAAGAAAAUAAUCGUAUUUCACUUUCAGAUAGUUUAAUUUUUGAAGAUUGUAUCUCUAAUUUAACAAUUACAUUACAACAAUUACAACCAUUAAAUGAUAUAAUAUCUACUUUGGAUAACUUGGAAGAUUUGGUUCAUGAACUAGAUUUUGGUAUAAAACUUGCUAAAGGCAAUGGUCUAAUAUCAAUCGUUAAACUUUUGGAACAUGAUUCAAAUGAAAUAAGAAAAAAAGCUGCUUUGGUCAUUGGUACUGCAAUGCAGAACAAUCCUUUGGCUCAGGAUGAAGCUUUAAAAUUAGAUCUCAUACCUUACCUUUUAGAUUUAUUAUCUUCUGAGACAGAUAUAAAAGUUUCUUCUCGUCUUUUAUACGCUUUAUCCAGUAUAGUCCGUGGUAACCAAGAAUCAAUACAAUCUAUUAAGAAUAAUCAAGGAUUGUCACGGUUGGCAAUUGUGUAUCAAGAAUUAGAAAAUAACGAAUUUCGUGCAAAAUGUGCUUUAUUCGUUACCGAUUUUAUAGACCCAAAUAUGGUUAAAGUUGUUAAUAAAAAGUUUAACACAUUAUUUGAUGAUAUGGGUAAUGAUAAAGGAAUUGAUUUUGAUACACGUGAAAAAAUACUUAGAGGGAUAUCUAUGAUUGAGAAACAAUAUUCAAAUCAGUGUCCUGUUCAAAAUAGAUUUAAAAAUUGGUUAUUAAACCAAAUUAAUUUGGAAAAUGAUGAUUAUUUAGAAGACUAUUUUAAUUUA